AUGUGGAGGCUCUUUAUCACACUCCUGCUGGCAGUUGGAGCUCAUGGCUGUGGAGAGCCCACCUAUGCCCCUCUGGGAAGGGUAGUGAAUGGUCAGGAUGCUGUCCCUUAUAGCUGGCCCUGGCAAGUCUCCCUGCAGUAUGAGAGCAAUGGAGAAUUCCACCACACCUGUGGAGGAACCCUUAUUGCCCCCAACUGGGUCAUGACUGCUGGACACUGCAUCUCCUUGUCCCGCCGGUAUAAAGUUGUGCUGGGGGAGUAUGACAGGAGUAAUGCAGAGGGCUCUGAGCAGCACAUCCCUGUGAACUCAGGGGACAUAUUUGUGCAUCCUGGCUGGAACAGCAACUGUGUCUCUUGUGGGGAUGACAUUGCCCUGCUCAAGCUGUCCCGUGACGCAGUUCUCAACGAUAAGGUGCAGCUAGGAUGCCUCCCGCCCCAAGGAGAGCUACUCCCCAAUGACUACCCGUGCUUCAUCAGCGGCUGGGGGCGCCUCUAUACUGGUGGACCUCUUCCCCCCAAGCUGCAGCAGGCCUUGCUCCCAGCAGUGGACCAUGCACAUUGCACACAGCCUACUUGGUGGGGAGCCACCGUCAAGGAGACUAUGGUUUGCGCCGGAGGAGACACACGAGCUGGUUGCAAUGGUGACUCUGGUGGCCCUCUUAACUGCCAGGCUGCAGAUGGGAGAUGGUAUGUCCAUGGCGUUACUAGCUUUGUAUCUUCCUGGGGAUGCAACACCUUGAGAAAACCCACCGUCUUCACCCGGGUCUCUGCUUUCAAUUCCUGGAUGGAAGAGACGAUUUCCAACAAUUAAUUUCAAGCAGCAGCACCCCAUCCC